CAACAAGAUCAACAACAGCAACAAGAUCAACAACAGCAACAACAACAACAACAGCACCAGCAACAGCAGCACCAACAGCAGCACCAACAUCAACAACAGCAACAGCAGCAGCAGCAACAGCACCAUCACCAACAGCCAGAAACUCAACAACCGCCACACACACACGUGGGCCCGCUGCCGCCUUUACAGCCAAUGCACCACCACCCACACCCGCUUCAGCACCCACCGCCACAACCGCCACACCAUCAACUCCAGCCACCACCGCCUCAUCAGCUCCAGCAGCACCAUCACCCUGCGCAUCACCCACCGCCACCCCACCACCAACACCACCCGCACCACCAACAGCAUGAGCACGCGACCAUGCGCCACCAUGACGAGCGGGAACAAGCAGAGCUAGCCAACAAGCGCGCCAAACUGGGCGAUCCACAAACCUCACAUGUCGAGACCUCCCAGAUUCCAAUGUCGUCGCAGAGCAUGCCCAUGCCGCUCAGCAUGCACCGUGUUGGCAUGCCCUCUGCACCCAUGAUGCAGGGCAAGGUCCGGGACAUGAUGCCGCCGAGGCCCAACUGCCCAGGCAUUAAGCAAAAGGGGGCCAAGUCGGCCCCCUGUGGCGACAACACCUGCAUCCGCUGCUUGCAAAUCAACUGCUGUAAGCGCUGUCCCAUGAGCGGGUGCGGGCAGUGGUCGCCCAUCGCUCGGCGCACGUGUCGCAGCUGCAACUAUCAGUUCACCUCUCGCGCCAAGGAGGCGCGUCGCAAGCACGCCGGGUUCACGGAGCAGCCCAAGGACCUGCAUCGCGCCGCUGCCCCUGCCUCGUUCGAGCAGUCCUUGCAAAGAAAGAUCAGUGCGUUCUUCAAUGCGCGGGACGGCAUGUAUCUCGGCGUCUCCGUGUACUCGGGCCGCUCAAUCGUCUCCCGCCUCUACCACAACCAGACGUCCUUCCUUGCCCCGAGCGUGCCCAACGACGGCACCCGCGAGUCGUGCCCGGAGAUUGCCUCGGCGGAGGAGGUUGCGUCGCGCAGUGUGGAGCUGUCUGACCCGCUGCUGGCCAACAACGCCCUCGUCAUAUCGGCCAUUCGCCAUCUCCAGCAGGAUGUGCUGCGCCAGGCCGAGCGCAUCCAGGACAUGAUGAAAGACUUUAUGACGGUGACCGCGACGAGUGGCAGCCGCGCUCGCAAGUGCGCCGAGAAGAUUGUCAACGCGUAUCAUCCCCAGCCAGAGCCGCAGGUGCUUGCACAGAUGAAGGCGGAGUUGCAGCAGCAGCAGCAGCAGCAGCAGCACCUCUCCCCACACCAACAGCCGCAGCAACAACAGCAACACCACCACCAGCACCAACUGCAGCCGCAGCAACAACACCACCACCAACAACACAUGCCUCAGCAACAGCAGCAUCACGCGCAGCAUCUCCAACACCCGCAGCAACACCAGCACCACCCCCCGCACAUCCAGCCUCACACGCUCCAGUAGUCAACAACCAGCAAAGCUCGGUCCAGCCUAUCCCAUCACACCUUCUCCUUUGCCUGCUUAUUGGUUGGCUGGUGCUCUUUCACGUCAGCAUCAUCCGCCCUCGUCGGUCCCCUCAUCACCGCCACUGUCUUCAUUGUCGUUGUGCAACGAGCCAAUUGACCACUCUUGCCCAGCACAAGGUUCUAUUACAACGACACAACAUGGAACGAGUCAAUCAUCAUCAAUGAACCAUGCAAGCACGCAC